UUGCUGGAAGACUUUAAUGAAAAACUCUGGGAAAAGGAAGAGGAACUGCGAGAAACAACACAACACGUGGAAAUACUGCAGAAAAAUCUGGAAAGGAAAAAUUGUGUGAUAGUGGAGUUAGUUGAACAUGUAAGAAAGCUUGAAGAUAAGAAUGAGGACCUGGACAACAAGUAUUACGCUGAAGAUUACGCCAGCCAUAUCAAGAUCUGUGGUUUGAGGGCGACCCAUGAAGCUGAAUUAGCAAAUCUCAAAGGUAAACACAGCACUCAGCUCUGUAAAAUCAGGGAGAAACAUGCACAAGAAACAUCACAGAAAGAUCAGUGCUGUUUACAACUUCACAAAGAUCUCCAACAUUUAAGACCUCACGCCAAGUUCUGUGCACCCCUUGCAGAACAGGCAACUGGUUCUUUAAAUUAUUUCACCGAACGGAAGAUUAACGAACUGGAAGAACAAGUGAGGCUUCUGAAGCAAGAGGCGGAAAGGUCAGAGGACAGAUUUGUGUCAAUGGAAGCUUCAUACCUGUUGAAAAUUGAACAGAUCCAAGAGGAGCUGGACAAUGUACAGCUUGUACCUUCUCAGAAGCUGCUGCUGGAGCUCCAAGACGUAGCAGAAGACUUUGAAGAGGAGAAUGAACAGUUACACCAGAGAGUGAACUGGCUGCGACACGUCGAGGCACAAAAUGAGAAUCUUCAAGCAAUAUUGGAGCAAUAUGAGGAGCAACAACACGAAAUGCAGGAACAAUUAGAACAGGUUACCAAGGGAGCAACUUCCCAGGAAAAGGAAGAACUGGAAAUCCUUCCAGAAGCAACACAGCAGGAGCGCAGAGAACAAGAUCCGUCCUCCUGCAAGAAUGAAUUGGCUGAGCUAAGACAUGUCAGACCAGCGCCCAGGAAGCAAACAAUUGACAAUGAAACACACGAGGAAUAUGAGGAGGCUUUUGAGAAUGACUCAAUUGAAAAGGUGGUGGUGGCACGGAAGGCGAAGAGGCGAGUGAAUUUUUUCAAACGUAUAUUCACCUCUCGAAAAUGAAGACUUCACGAUGCAUGUUGGUGUUGAACCGGCCGACCCCUGUACGGAGCCAGUUCAGGGCGACCCACUCGUUCCAGGGCAUGUCCGAGCCAGGUGUGGCUGUGGUGUUUGGUGCAACAGUGAAUUGAGGAGGUCGGGAAGUCUGUUCCCAGCUGGUUCUCCAAGCUCCUAGUGUGUUGAAACCGGAGCCACAGAGGGUGGCUGCGUGACGGUAGAAGGGGCGAUCAGAUGACAGGCGUUGAGGUCCCAGUUGCUGUGAGUCCUGGGCGAGGUGGUGCAAAGGAUGUUUGGUGUCCGAAGGGGCCUUGCACACCAGCCUGUGGGUGAAGUACUCUCUGCGAAGCUUGGCGGGUGCGAUAGCUGCGAGCACCGGCAGAAGAUCCGGAGUAGGACGUAGGCAGCCGGUGAUGAUCCGCAUGGUGUCGUUGAGGAUGGCGUCCAGCUUGCUAGUAUGAGCGCUGCGGCAUCAUGCUGGGGCGGUGUACACAGCGGUGCUGUACACGAGUGCAAGAGACCGGUUCAGAGAAUAGAUAUCCAGGCGCCCCAUGAUGAUCCAGCCAAGCAAUGCAGGAGGUACACAAAAUGCUGGAGAAACUCAGUGGGUGCAGCAGCAUCUAUGGAGCGAAGGAAAUAGGCAACGUUU